CGAUACCUGCAUCGUUCAAGCAACGACUGACGGAAGCUCUCCCAAUUUAUGGGAGAUUAAUGCUCAAUCUGGAGAAGAAGCAUCGAGAUCUGUGUGACCUCGAUGACGCAUGUCCUGCAUGCAGAUAUGCGUCUGGUCCCAAGAUCAUAGCUGGGGAUGGAAACCAGUCGCUACGUCGACAAAGGAUCCGAAGGAAGUCGCCUUUGAAGGCCAAGAGGAAGUCGAUCGCCCGUGGGUCAAGCCGGAGCAACUCAUAAAAUAUGAGAGUUCGGCAACCGAUGGAUGUGAGACUUGGCAGGCUCUAAAUUCAAAGAAGAGAGGAAAAGCAAGCCAUCUCGACCAAACCGGAGCAUUCGCGUGUACGUGUGGUCAUGGUCAUCCAGUGGCCAUCAUCGAUAUGAAUACGCCAGGCGAACAAUACACGUACAUGCUUAGCUGUCUACAGAAGGUGAUCGACUUACCCCUUUACGGAUCAAACAUCCGCAUCAUGUACGAUGUCGGUUGCAAGCUUCGUCCUGCUCUGCAGGUAAUCUUCGAUUCUGAAAUACCAUACACUGCAAACCUAUCAGCGACAGGAUUUGGAUUGCAAGACGGCGAACAUCUGGAAAGACUCUGGUCAUUCCUCAACGGAUUUGUAUCCAUGACACGACAUAUGUCGUCUCUCAACAGACGACUCACACUAACCAUUGCUCUUAAUUUUUAUGCGCAGCAAAAGAAUGACAAUUUAGGUCAAUACAUCCGCCGCAGAUACGUCCGCACGAUCAAGCUCAAAGAAAACGCAUUAGAAGCUCUAAGAAAGGCUGGCAUUGAUGUCAAUGAUGAAGAAGCGAUGAAAGAGAUGGAAGAAAAGUGGUAUAGACACGUCGCUGAAUCGAGAAGAAGGAACGCCGAAAAAGAUGGCAGCAGCAGAUUUGCUCAAACAUGCAGAGCUAUAGAGAAUUUGCGUGUUGCUAUUGCUAUCUAUGAUAUUAUUAAUCAAGCUUUCAAACACCAAGGCAAUGGCCACAACCAGACGCAGAAUCUCGCAGGCCAAAGACAAGCAGCGCGAAAUCAAAUUGAAAAGCGCCUCAUAACAUACAACACGAAGAUCAAUGCCGGACCUAUUUUUGGCUUCGAAGAUUAUGGUAACGAUAUCAAUGCAGUACUUCGAAAAGACAGUCAUUUACGUUUUCGCAUGAACAUCAUUUGCACCGUUGAGGAUAACGCACCAUACGACGCUUUCCAUGGUUUGCAAAGAGCAAACGAAGAACUUGCUUUUUUGAAGGACGAAGCCGCUUCUGUGUUAAAGUAUGGACAAGCUGCUAUUGAUAAGCUCGAAAUGGCUAUCAACGCAGCCGUAACUGUGCCAUACAAUUUGGAAGCGUGUUAUGGCCAGAUCGGUUUGAUCCAAAUGUGGAAACGCAAGUUGGAGCGUGCCAAGUCUUGGCAAAGAGAACAAGCGAAACAAUUGGCCGUAAUUCUUGAUUCUACCGAGGCUAACCCAGGAUCCUUGUCGCUGCUUCGUAAUGCUGCUGGUACGGAAGAAGAAGACUUGGAAGAAGAAGAAGAGGAGACAAAUGUGGAGGUGCUAGACCCUACAAAGAUAGCCGAUGAAGUUGAAGACGAGGAAUGGGAAGUUGAUCCAACUCUAUUUGGAGACGGAAUUCCGGUUGAGGAUGCACCAACCUCGUCCGCUCAGUAAACACAACUCGCAACCUUUUUUCUAUUUGCUUACGAUAGACAAGAAUAUGGAUAUGUAACAAUGGUGCUCAAGUGCUAUGUAUGCUAACAAGCAUUAUAUUUAGUUGGUUUUCUUCACAAUCAAGCUCAUCGGGGAUCGCAUCUAACAAUCGGCCAUAUUUGUGACAACGGAUGUAAAGUCUAACUUAGCUACCGGUUACUAUAUGAUAUACAAGAGGGAAUCUGAAUCCUAGGUUAGCCAGCUCUUUUUACUAGAAUCUAUAUGCUCGGUGAUCAACCGAUGAAGGGAAAAGCUAAGUGCAGUACUUCUUAUAUGCAUCACCUUUUUUACUUGAUAAAUAAAUGUGAACAAUG